AUGACAAACAUGCCCUACUUAAUGCCAGAGUUGCUAGCCAGUCCUCGGCUUCAGUUAAUCGCCACGGCCGUCCUCUCCGGUGCGACUGCGGCAUGUCUGCUCUUGGGAUACCAGGCCCUCGACAGGGAAGAGAGGCUGAAUGAGCUCAAGAGCGCCAUCCCGUCACUGGCAGAGAGCCAGCAUGGCAUUAAGAAGCUCAACGACUUUGGGGCACCAAUGUCGGCCGCCGACAAGGAAGAUGCAAGGAACAUGGAGCUGGCGAGACGAGCGCAGGCCGGCGACUUUGACGAGGACCUCAUCAACGAGCAGCUAACAAGGAACCGCGUCUUUCUUACGCCCCAGGGUCUUGAGAAGCUUCGCGACUCCUUUGUCAUCGUUGUGGGAUGCGGGGGCGUCGGCUCUCACUGCGCGGCCUCGCUCGCACGAUCCGGCGUCUCCAAGAUUCGCCUCAUCGACUUUGACCAGGUCACUCUCAGCUCCUUGAAUCGCCAUGCCGUUGCGACGCUCGCAGACGUCGGCACUCCCAAGGUCCAGUGUCUCCAUCGCCGGCUCAUUGCCAUUGCGCCCUGGGUCAACUUCGAUCUGCGCCAAGCCAAGUUUGACGAAGCCGUUGCGGCCAGCAUGCUGGGACCCUGGGACGAUGGCACCAAGCCAGCCUUCAUCGUGGACGCCAUUGACAACAUCGACACGAAGGUGGAGCUGCUCAAGCAUUGUCACGAGCACAAACUACCGGUCAUCAGCGCCAUGGGGGCAGGAUGCAAGAGCGAUCCGACCAGGAUCGUCGUGGGGGAUAUUGGGACGAGCAAGGAUGAUAGGCUGUCAAAGGCGACGCGGCGGCGGCUGAAGCUGCUGGGAAUCACGAGUGGCAUUCCCGUUGUCUACUCGACGGAACAGGCCGGCGAGGGCAAGGCGGAGCUGCUACCCUUGCCAGACGACGAGUUCCACAAGGGCUCGGUUGGUGACCUCGGUGUCAUGGCCAACUUUCGCGUCAGGAUUCUGCCCGUGCUCGGAACAAUGCCUGCCAUCUUCGGCCUCACAGUUGCGAACCACGUCAUCCUCAGCAUCGCCGGCUACCCAAUCGACUACGUGCCCGCCAAGGGGAGAGAGAAGAUGUACGAGGGCAUCCUCGCCUAUGUGCAAGGCGCCGAAGAGAAGCUGGCCCGGCUGUACGAGCCCGACAUGGUCGGCUUGAAGACGCCGCUGACGGUGGGCGACGUGGCCUUUUUGUCGGAAGAGCUGUACAGCGCGCGAAGCAUCGUCAGUGGCAUCCCGACCAGGCUGGUGCUGAUUCGAUGGCGCCGACCGGACAGGACGAGCGUGAGAGUCAUCGGCCAAGGCAAGGACAUCCAGAAAUGCUCGACGGUCCGCUUGGAAGAUCUGGUGUGCAUGACAAAAGAGGAGGCUACACGGCAUGAAAAGGAAAUCUUCAAGGCCGGAAAGAGGGUCGAGGACUUGUACGACGAGGCAACGAUUGAACGGGUCGAAGCGAAGCUUACCGAGGCGGCAUCGUAUGGACAAUACAGGUAA